ACUGAAAUGCGCAUUCCCGUUUGUGCCUUGGUACUGUUCACAUCAUGGGAAAAUAUAUUAUCAUACUGAUAGUGUUGGCUGUGCUAUUAGAUGUCUGUCUGUCAGGACCCCGCUGGUCUAGGGGUCGGGGACGGGGCCGAGGUAGGGAUCGUGAAGAAAGGCGCAGGAUGAGGAAUGGCAGACGGGGAGGCGGCUGGGGUAUGGGAGACCAUGGGAUGUUCAGGGGAUUCGAAGGAUUUCAUGGAGGCCGAUUUAAUUUUGGUUUAGGACCUAGGCGAGACCCCUGGUUUGGAAUGGACUUUAGUUGGGGCGGCGAACCGAGAGAUGAACCUUGGUGGAAAGGACCAAACGUGUGUUUCUCGAUGACGGAAGGUGUUGUAAAUGAUACAGAUGAGAUACGCACCCACUUCAGCUACGAGUCUGUGAUCUGUGAUGGUUCUGACUCCACCUUCAAGUGUACGAAAACGGAGACGACACCACGUGGACAGGAGACCACGGUUGAACUGUAUGAAUGUUGCCCUGGCUUCACCCGGGCACAGGACGACUUUGGCUGUAUGCAAGAGGUGCCUUUAUACGACAUCCCAACAUUAUUGGAGAGUUUGAAUCUUGGUGAACUAAUCAAGGUCCUGGAAAGUUCGGGCCUCACUUCAGAAAUUCUCUCCUCAAACACCAACAACUUUACAAUAUUUGCACCAACUGACGAGGCUGUGAAGUUGUUCUUGCCCCUCGUGUCUGAGAUGGAGCCCAGUAUUAACCUCACGGAUUUAGGCUAUGUCGUCAUGGUUUCUGAGCGGAUUAAGGAUUCUGUUGUCGACAACACGAGAAAUCUUCUCCUUGGUCACGUGGCAGUAGGAAGUCUGACGUCAUCACACAUUUCAGACAACCAGAUUAUCGAGACUGCUAGUCCAUUAAAGUCGACAAUUAGGAUGAACGUGUACCAGCGCCCAGUUGAAUUGUUGACUGCCAACUGUAAAAAGGUGACAAAAGCUGACAACCUCGCCAGUAAUGGUGUAGUUCACGUGUUGGACGAUGUCCUAAAACCUGUAUCUGAAACGUUACUCGAUCUUGUACAGAAAAAUCCAGAGCUUAGUACACUUAAAACGGCUUUGGGCUCCUCAGCACUGGCAGCCUCGCUUAGAGAGGACGGACAGUUUACAUUAUUCGCACCAACAGAUACUGCUUUCAAAAAUCACAAGGACCUCUUGUUGAAGAUUAUGACAAACCCGGAUUGUAUGGAAAACGUGUUGAAGAACCAUUUGUUGCCAAAUGUGAUAUGCUCAGCUAUAAUCCAAGGCGAAACUCGAACGUCUAACGUUCUCAAGAAACGCACUAACUUGUCGAGAGACGCAGACGACAAAUUGUAUGUAGAUGGCGCUCAAAUUGUUACAUCCGAUAUCAUGGCCACAAAUGGUGUACUAUACAUCAUAGAUGAUGUACUUAUACCAGAAGAAGCAUUAAACAUGCUUCAACUGGCUGAGAAGAAAGACCUUGUAGAGUUCGGAAAACUUGUCGACCUUGCUGGUCUAAAGAAAGAACUAAGACACACAGAGAAUGUAACAAUCUUUGUACCAAGCAACGAGGCUAUAAAAGCAUUACCAGCAAGCGUUGUGGCUAACCUUGGAAAGGACCAGCAAGCACUCCAAGAACUGCUCCAGUAUCACAUAGUCCCAGACGUUCUCUCGUGCAGCAAGUUCUAUAAUAAUCUUCAGCUUGAUACACUUCAAGGGACACAACUCAGAAUCAACGAAUACUCUUCAUUUCCAUUCGGUCGUCACUGGACACAGACAGUUCAAUGCGCGAAUAUAGACAGUUCUUCCAUCAAAGGUUGUAAUGGUGCUGUAUACGUUAUCGACAAGGUUCUGUUGCCACCCUCUGGUAACGUGUUGGAUGUGUUAGCUCAGAAUAAAAAGUUUUCCACGCUGACAGAGCUUGUCAAAAUAGCCGGAAUUGCAGACGUACUCCAAGAGGAUGGCCCCUACACAAUGUUUGCUCCAACAGAUGAGGCAUUUAAAGCCCUUGGUAGUGACGCCGUGGAAGAACUCAAACAGAAUCCAGAAACUCUCAAGUCUGUGCUUCUGAAUCACGUGACCAGAGAUACAAUUUGUUGUGCUGGUGUGAUCCGUGCUAACUGGUUCGAUUCCCAAAAGGUCCGAACCCUAUCCGGAGAGGUGUUUCGUAUUGGCAAGACACGAGGUGGUGAAACCUACAUUGACAACUCAGAUGUUAUUCAGUGCGAUCUGACUGCAACUAAUGGCGUUGUACAUGUCAUUGAUGACGUCAUCACCACUCCUAGACGCAGACGCCCAUGGGAGUGGAUUUGGGAGUUCAAAUAAUCGAGAGAAUUUUGAGAACGUUUUUGAUAAGAACGGUCUCUCAAAUAAGCAUGAUGAUCAUUCAUAACAUGAUCUGAUCUAAGCCUUUGUAUUUUAAAAUUUAAAGCAAAACCUAGACUUUUCUUAAUUGUCUCUGUACACCUAGAUCUAUGUUCAAAUCAAAUUCAGCAAACAAGAUCAAGUUCUGUAAAGAAAUAUGUGACAUAUUGUUUUAUUUAUGGUGGAUACUUUUUAUCCCCGGUGAGCUUCACUUAAAUAAACCUAGCAAUUCUG